CGAACUAAAACCGUUGAAUGAGUCGGACGCGGGAUUUGUGCUCGUUGGCAUCGCAAGUGUAAAGAAAUUUAACAAUUUAUUGCAACGAAUUUGUUGUAAUUGCAUACAUAAAAUGCACAACGCAACGUGCAAUUAAUUCAUUAAGCGCAUACGAUUUUUUUGUAUUGCUAUUUACAAAAUCCAAGAAUCAGCGAGAUAUACUUUGAGUAUAUUUGAAUAGCAUAAACAACAUAAAGAGAAGAUAUUUUCGCUGUAAAGCCAAAAAAGCUCUUUAUGCUGCCGCUGACCGUCGUACAAUUAUAAACAAACAAAAAAAAAAGCAGAAAAAAAACAAAAACAAACCUUUGGAAUACACUUUUUUCAUCAACUUCUGUAUUAAAUACCGUCGACUUCGCCACCCACGCAACGAAAAUGAAAUCAAAGCUGAAAGCUGCGCUGCUGACGUCGCCGUCAUCGUUGAUGUUAAUAUCAUGGAUGCUUUUGAUUCUGCUGGUGGCCACCACACAAGCAGCUGAUGAGAAAUCUGUGAAACCAUCGGCAGCGGCGCCCUCAUCGACAUUCUCAUCAACAUCAGCGCAUCGAGAUGAAAUUUAUAUCGAUGAUGAAGGCACUGACGGAUCCGGCGGACAUGGCGGGAUACACGAUGAUCUAGACAAGGAUCCGGACUAUUCUGGCUCUGGCUUUGGACCCGAUGACGAGGACGCCAUAACCGAUCAUAAUCAUAAUACGCGAGUGCAAGGCGGUGGCCACACAAACACAGCUCAUACACCAACAACACAAACAACAACCACAAGUACCACCACCUCCUCCACCUCCACCACAACCAGCAGCACCACCGCCUCCACAAGCACAUCCACAACAACAACAACCACCACAGAACCGACCAUCAUCGACACACCCAACUCCUCAUUCAAUAAGUCCCAAACCGCAACACAACGCACGCCUCCAUUGCCCGAACCUGAAGAGGAUGACGACGGUUUUGAUCUGGAAGAACCCUUGCAAGGCAGCGGUGAUGGCGAUGGCGAUGGCGAUGACGAUAGCGAUGACUAUGACGUAGAUGACGAUGACGAUGAAGAUAAAGAGGAUACCAAUGAUAGCGAUGAUCAUGUGACUAAGGACGAUGAUCUGAUUGUGCCCGAUCAUAAGGGCGAGCUUGAAUCGCAUCCCAAGGAGGAUAAGAAUGAUGAACAAACCAUCGAUGUGGAUGGCGGCGAGGAUGAAGAAGAUCUAUACACCGAUAUCACUGAUAAGAAGGACGAAGGCACGGAACGCACCUCCUCAGGCUCGGGUGGCAGCGUCAGCACCAACUUCCACGAAUUGGACCCCAACAAUAUCAAUAGCCAGCCGACAGACACGAAAAUCGUUGAGCACAGGCCCGGCGGCAAUAGCGAGGUGGUCAUCAUGAGCGAGGAGGAUCGCACGACAAGCUUCUUUGCGCAGCCCGGCAUCUUGGCUGCUGUCAUUGGAGGCGCAGUUGUUGGCCUACUGUGUGCCAUACUUGUGGUGAUGUUCAUUGUCUAUCGCAUGCGGAAAAAGGAUGAAGGUUCCUAUGCGCUGGACGAGCCAAAGCGUUCGCCCGCCAACAACUCCUAUGCGAAAAAUGCGAAUAAUCGUGAGUUCUACGCCUGAGAUAAUGGCACAGCGCGCAGGUAUUAAGCUGAUCGAGAGCUGGAGUGCGAGUAGGCAGCAGCAGCAGCAGCAGCAGGAGGAGGAACCGAGGAGCGGAGUCAUGACGACAACACUUGACAACUUAAGGUUAACGCGUGCAUUUGAAUUUGGUUAACAAACAAAAGCUCGGCUCAAUACACUGCGUGAUAAUAACAACAACAUGAAGGAGAAUAACAUUAACAAAUUGAAAACUAACAACUGGAUGGAAAGCUACAAACAUUAACAACAACAACAACAACAACAUCAGAAGCAACCACUCUGAAGAUCACACAAUUUUUCGCAAGGGGUAAACAAACAAAAAACAAAAAAAAAAAACAAAAACAAUGAAGAAAAACAAAUUUUCAAACUUACCUGUAAGUCAAAUGCGGCACACACACACGUGUGUCUGUGUGUGCAAACUUUUCUAAUUAAGUAAGUUUUAAGUAAAUUGUGUAAUACAAAACAAACAAAAAAAAACAAAAGGAAAAAACAAACAAAAUAUCAAAUAUGAAAGCAAAGUAAAUCAUGCGAAAUUUAAUAUAUAAAAUAAAAUUAUAUAUAUAAAUAGUAAAAACCAAUAUAAGGGCGGGCAAAUUAAGCAAAUUAAUUAUGUAGCGAAAAACAAAAAGAAUAAUAAAUAUAUAUAUACACACACACACACACACACCUAAAAACCAUCCACACACACACACACACAUAGAUGUAAACGCAUAGUUAUUUGUAUCAAUCGAUAACUUUUCGUGCAAAUUGAAUGAAUAUUAUUAUUAAUAAUAUAUGUUAGCUGAAUAAUACACAAUACAAUACAGAAGAACACUAUACACAACACAAUUACAUAAUUGGAUGUCAGUUUAAAUUACUAAAAGCAAAAUAAAAACAAGAAAGAAAAAUGAUAAAUACAAAUAAUUACAUUCGCCAAUCUGUAAACCACACAAAAAUGUUAAUUGAAACAAAUUCGAAUUACCACAAAAAAAAACAAAAAACAA